AUGGCGGGUUCAUUUCCCAAAUUAGUCUUUCAUCUUCAUUCAAAACUCAUCACUAGUAAAGGCAGCUCCACUGCAAUUCUUAACUUCGGACCUAAAUUUUUCUCUACUUCAAUUGCCUACGCCGACACAGCUAGCGACUAUGAAACUGACCCACAACUACGACCCCAAUUAAUUGCUGAUGUCUUGUACAGCCUUAAAAAACCUCAUCAAGGUCUCUCUUUAUUUCGCCAAUUGAAAGUCUCGGGCUUUGAACAUGAUGUCUCUACGUAUGCAGCUAUUAUUACAAUCCUUUGCCAUGCGGGUCUUCAAGAGAGACUCGAUUCAGUUUUGUUCGAUCUUAUUUUGUACAAUUCUGUUGAAGCUUCACUCUUGCUUGAUAAACUUGGCGAUAGUGUUGUUGAUGAUGCUGAGCAACCCUCUUUGCUUUUUGAAGUGUAUGAUGCCUUAGUUAAGUUGUACGCUAGAGCUGGACUGAUUGACGAGGCUACUCAUGCAUUAUUUCAAAUGGGUAGGCGAGGAUUCUUGCCUCGAGUAUGUACCUGUAAUUUUCUUUUCGAUAAAGUGAUUAAGAAUAAGAAAUUGGAUAAGGCAGUUGCCACCUUUGAAAAUUUGAAGAAGUUGGGUUUGAGUUGUAAUGAUGAUAAAUAUACUAUUGUAAUGGGUGCCCUUUGUAAAAAGAUGCUUAAAGGAUGUAAAGCAGAUAACAUCCCAAUAGAUGCAAGUGCUUAUGGUGUUGCAAGUCGUGGGUUUUGCAAUGAGAUGAAAUUGGACGAAGCUGAAAGUGUCUUGCUUGAAAUGGAAAAAGAAGGUGUGGUUCCUGAUAUGCAUUGCUACAAUGAACUGAUUCAUGGGUUUUGCAAAGGUCGGAAUUGGCAAAAAGCAUAUCAUGUCCUCAAUGACAUGAUAUUAAAGAAUAUCAAAAUAGACUGUGUGGUUGUUGGAUCAAUUCUUCACUGCAUGUGUGAAAUGGGCAUGUCAUAA